AUGUCGCUCACCACCGACCUCUGCCCGGCAUUCAUCAAUACGGACCCUAGACGGCCUCGACCCCCAUCGCCUCGCCUUCGACCUCCUCCAAUGUUGCGCGAUCUCGGCCGUAGCCGUUCUUCUUCAAAUUCGAGCACUUCAAGAUCCGACUCCAAUGAAGGCGCCAUGGAGUACGGCAGGUUCGCGAGCCUCUUCUCCGGGCACAGCACAGCCUCGUCUGCUUCUUCGGUCUCCGACGGUGACUGCGUAUCCCCUCCGGUCGGGACGGAAUUCAAGAAGCUCGUCGAGGACUCGCUGGAUCGCCUUCCGAGGUCGAGGUCGAGGCCCAAAGGGCCUGUCAGGCUUCCUGCCAAUGCAACUUCGCCGACAUCGUCGGCCUCUUGCACGGAUCUGCUUCAUCCGUAUCUGUCGCUCACAGUCCGCAAAUCGCGCGCGUUAUCGAUAUCUCAGGCAUUUCUCACCCGCAAAUCUAUGAAGCCGCCUUCUUUGACGCUCUUCGAACGCCGUCGGGUCAUGCGCCGGAGCGAGCGCGCCUUUUCGCUAUCACUGUCUGUCUCUCCUUCGAGCGCUAUCGCCGGAUACGCCACAAGCCCGACUACCCCGACAAUUGACAUGUCUACAUUCCACCUGCGAUCCUCAACUUGGUCUCAUCAUGGCUCACCGCCUCCACCUAGUGACAAAGGGCUGGUCGGCCUAUGGCCCCACGCUAAUCCACACGCAUGUGUGUCUUCGGCCACGCUCCCGCACUUUGCUUCGACCGUCGUGUACUCGCCUGAUAACAUCGGUCGUGCACGGCUUGUCUAUGCGAGCCAGGCUGUUCAGUCGGAUCCCACGACACCUGAGCUGGACCGUCCUCCAACUCCGGCACGACCCGUAGUUUGCCCAAUGCAGAGUCCGCUCCUCGUACCAUCGCCCAUCUUGCAGUUGCCUUCCCCCGUGAUGAAAUAG